CAUACACAAUUCAUUCUUCUCCUUUUAGAGUUUGUGCAUGCAAUUGAGAAGCCACAAGGCUACCGAUUUAGUUGCACUCUCUAACGAAGAACUAGGCCGUUUGGAAUGAAGAAGAAGGACCAACUCCGAACCAGCUGAGAUGAAUCCCCAAGACGUGCUACCAGAAGGAGUUAACCCACCACCACCUGCCUUACCUGAAGGAGGGAACAAUCCUCCGAAUGUCUUGCCUGCUGCUGCCGGACCGGUCGGUCUAAUCCUCGGACCGAACGAUCCUCGUGCUACCAGACCGAUCGAUCCUGCUGCUGGACCGGUCGAUCCUCUUGUUGCUGCACAACCUGCUCGUACGCUUGGCGAGCAGGACACACUGGAUCGAUUCUACGCGAACCGGUCUGCGCUUCGUCCUCCGAAUCCCACACGUCAGGACUAUGAGAUCAACAACAACGUGGAAAACCCACAAGACAUGGUCUACCCUCCACGCCAACAAGGAGCUUUCAACAAGCCGUCUACGUUUCCUAACUACCCGCCUAAGCCAGCUGCCCCUCAGGAGAAUAAGCUGGAGACGAUGAUGCACUCUCUGAUCGAGAGCCAUAAGAAGAACGCAUCUGAGAUCAAUGCUAAGAUUGACGGGAUGUAUGGUGACCUUAAUGGGAAGUUCACUACCUUGGCGACAAGAGUCGACUCGUUGGAUAAAAGAGUUUCAUAUAUGGCUUCCAGCUCCAAAGGAAAAGAAGCUUGUAACGCUGUCGUGGCUCACUCUGGAGUCAACACAAGCUUCAACUCGGAUGUGUUUGGAGAUGUUUCGAGUUUUCAUGGCCCAGGAUCGACCGAUCUUCCUACCAGAUCGACCGAUCCUCCUGCUGGUUUCACCCUGUUGACCCGAGAGGUCAGAUCGACCGAUCCUACCUCGGAUCGAUCAAUCCGUGCUGUUGUUCCAGGCAUUUCUGACUCAUUUUCGAAUGAGAAUGAUGCGCACUUCGUCGCUAAGGCCGAUGUACUCCCCUAUAAGCCUCAGAGUCCUUAUCCAUUGGUGCCUAAGGCCAAGAUCGACGAGAAGAAGUAUAAUAGGUCCAAGGACAUCAUUGGCGAGUUGAUAAAGGAAGCUACGCUUUCCGAAGCUUUGGGAGAACUCCCGUUCUUGAAGAAGAUCUGCAGAGAUGUGAUCAAUGGUACUGAAGAUGCUGCAGAAGUUGAUGCUUACUUGGCGAAACGGAAGGAGGCUAGAGAUCCAAAGCUUGUCAAAGUGGAGAAACUUGAAGAUCCGGGCAAGUUUGUGGUGCCGUGUUCGAUUGAUGGAGAAGUCUUUGCUAACUCCCUGUGUGAUUCGGGAUCAAGCGUGAAUGUCAUGUCAAUGGCGACUGUCCGUAGACUUGAUCUCCAAGGGAUGGAGACUUCUCAAUGCUCAUUGAAGUUCGCAAACGCAUCCACGACCACUCCUCAAGGCUUUAUUGGUGAUGUGGAGGUGCGUAUUGGCAACCAUUUGGUACCCACCGACUUCCAUGUGGUAGAGAUGAGUGGAGGUUCGGAAACCCCUUUGAUCUUGGGACGUGCGUUCUUGACCACGGUUGGAGCCGUUUUUGACCUUGAAGAACCCAAGAUGACUUUCACCAAGAUUGACAAGAAUGUAGCCUACCACCCGGUGCUUGAAACCAAUCGCUCGGGAUCCAACUUUGCCAAUGUGUUUGUAGUGAUGAAGAGGACACCUCGUAUCCGCGUGAAUCGCCAAUGGCCUUUCCCUCCCCAUACUGCCGGCGUUGUCAAGAGGAAUUGCAAUUGCAACCCCCCAUGCUUUGACCCCACAGAGAACCAAGGAGAAAUGCGAGACGAGAUUCAUCCACAUGAUCUCAACAUGUUCGAGAUGCGAGUGAGGAUGGUACCGGAUGAUUAUAGUUUCGAAGAAGCUUGGUUCAAUUAUCCCGGUUUGCAAAGGUGCUUUUGGAGAAGUAGGGAACCUUUCUAUGCCAUCGAAGCACACUUCUAUAGGUCAUGUGAGAGAAACAAUGAGAGAAGAUGUCUUCCCAAGAUGGAAGAUCCCGGUUGCUUCGUAAUUCCAUGCGCUAUUAAUGGAGUCUCGGUAUACAAUUGUCUAUGCGACUCAGGAGCCGGAACAAGUGUGAUCCCUACCGCUAUCGCUUCUCGAUGUGGAAUCACCGAUUGCUUCCCAUCAACUACAAACCUCUACAUGGCCGACGAGUCCGUGGUGGUACCAAGAGGAGAACUUCACAAUGAGAUGGUGCGAAUUGGCGAUGUGGAUGUCCCCACGGACUUCAAAGUUGUAGAUGUGCCCGGGAAGCGUCAACAAGUCAUCUUCGGAAGAGCUUUCUUGAACACAGUUGGAGCUGUCAUAGAUACUCCAAAUCGCCGAGUAUGCUUCACCAAUGUUGACAAGGAGGUCUUCUAUCACGUCACGCCAAGAGGGAACGCGGUUAGACCCAUUCGUAUCGAAGACGGAGGUCGCAGUGUGAGCAUCUCAGGAGGACGAGUUGGAGAACCAGCCACCGGAGAGCGAGAGUGGACCCAAAAGGAUCAAGAAAACACCAUUGCACUCCGCGCUUGCACGUUCGAGCCUACACGGUUUCUGGAAACCGAUGUUCUGAGAGCGAUGGGCAUCCUCGAUGAUGUCUUGGGAUUUCUGCGCAAUGCUGGCUUCGGUUCUUUCCCGGAGAAGCGAUGGGAUAUCUAUCCCAAUGCCGCAGCCGAGUUUCUCGCCACGCUGCAGACUUUUGGGUCUGGUGAGUAUGUUUCUCGAGGUGCCAAGCAGGCACUUAUCCGUAACCCGGUGAUUCGCUUGGCGGUCCGUUUUAUGAGCAGCACUAUCUUUGCCCGUGCUGAGAUGGGUACUUUGCAGCUCCCUGAGCUAUCCAUGUGCUUCUAUGGGCUCCACCCAUUCAUCACUGACCCCACCGCGGCCAACUACAACAAGACGCACCGCGUCAACUUUGCCGCAUUACUUGUCCAGGAGUUCAUCCAGGUGGCGAAGCAAGCAUUUCGGUCUAAGAAGAAGGCGAUUUUGAUUGGGAUCUUGGUGACACCUAUCAUCACCCAUUGUCGUUUCAACAUCGCGCCUCCCGUUCCUGAGCAUAAGGCGCGAUUCAUUGAUCGGGAGCACCUUUACGCGAGCGAGAUCCUCAUCCGCCACUCGCUAGUCUACCGUUUCCAGGGUUCUGACGGGGUCUACAGGUACAUUCGCCUGCCCCGCAUUGAUUUGACAUCUCUCGCUAUUCCAGGAAACAUUCGUUUCAACCCGACUGCUGGGGCGCUUUGCGAGAGACCUAUCCCGCCAAAGACUAGUGGUGUCCGGAGAGCAGCACGCACCAGAUGCACUGAUGAGGCUGGCCCUUCUGAGCCUUCUUCAUCUCAGCCACCGCCAUUUCAGCCAUUCUCCGGACAGGUACCUCCAUUUGAGCUUGACGUGAGCGCUUAUACCGCUACAGACCCACCUGCGGAGCCGGCUACAGAGAUGGAGCGUUGGAUCUGCGAGACGACCAAGAAGAACAACACACUGCUGACAAAGAUUGCUACUUGGCUUUGCUGCGUCGCACCACCACCACCACCUCCGCCUCCAGGCGUACCUACUCCAGUGCAUGAGUCUGACCCUGAGGACGAUACCUUCGCCGCUGUUUUUGCCGUUCGCACAGACGAUGUUGAUGAGGAGUACUCUUCAGAUCCUCCUGGUCGGUCCCAUACAUGGCACUCUUCAUCUAGCCAUGAUGAUUCGGAGACUAGCGUGCAGGACGACUUCCGCAUACGCACCAGGAGGAAGGCAGGCGAUAGGGGCACUCCACCGUCUCUUUAGACUCCAUAUUCACUGGUUACAUCCUCUGUA